CGGUGCCCUCUGCUUUGCCACCCGCACCAUGGUGGCAGGGAUGCUGAUGCCGCUGGAGCGGCUCCGCUCCAUCCUGGAGCUGCUGUUCCGUGAGGGCGUUCUGGUGGCAGAGCGGGACGGGUGCCCCCGGCGCACCCACCCGCAGCUGCCCGGCGUGGCCAACGUGGAGGUUCGGCGCGCCAUGGCCUCGCUGCACUCCCGCGGCCUCGUGCGCCAGACGGCCGCCUGGCGACAUCUCUACUGGUACCUGACCGACGCUGGCAUCGCCCACCUGCGCCAGUACCUGCGCCUGCCGCCCGACGUUGUCCCGCGCUCCCUGCAGCGCGUCCCGCGCCCCGCCGCCCCACGCCCCGACACCCGCCGUGCCACCACCGGCACCGGCACCGGCACCCACCGGGUACGUCCCACCGGCGGCGACCGGCUCUACCGCAGGAAGGACGAGGGCGAGCGGCACGUGGAGCCCGUCGCUGCAGGGCAGGGGGUGUCCCAGCUGCCCCCGCAGCCCAGCCCGGCCGCAGGGUGGGUCGGACAGACGGCGGCAGCUGGGGCGGGCAGGGCUGGUGGGGAGGGGGCUGCGGCUGCGAAGGUGUCCCCAACACCGCCUCCCCCGCGACACGCGAUCCCGACACACGAUCGGCGGCAGCUGGACCCGGGUGGGGGUGCGGGGCGUCCGGUGUCCCACCCCCCCCGGGCGGGGCAGCUGCGGCGGCGCCCCGAGGCGGUGGCGAGGGCCCCCCCGCACCCCUCCGGGCUGUGA